ACGGGGGAAUGCCUCCCUCUGCCUGGCUCCUUAUAGUGCCGGCGGGAGGCAGGAAUUCUGUCCGAGUGGUACGGACAUCGCCGCUGGAGACUACAAACACGGAGCUCUCCCUUUAAACAAGGUCUCAUGAUCGACAACUCUUUCAAUUAGUUGUCCAGUCGUGGAGGGUCAAGGCGAACCCACGUCCUCCCACACUUAAAGCAAGUGCGCUGAGUGACGUUGGAGCAAAGUGAACAUCACUGAAAGGUCUCGAGGACACGCAGCUGGCACUUAAAGAAUUCUCAUAGAGGACGAGCCAACAGGUUUUGACUUGUUGAUCCUCUGAUCUGACAUCAUGCAUCAGCUGUCUGUGACUUCCCUGUUUGUCUGCCUGUGGCUAGUGGAGCACAGCCAUUGCAACAGUAGCUUGGGCAACAGCCUCAAUGAUCUUCACACACAGUUUGGUGUCAGCCUCUACCAAACACUUACUGAGACAGAGAACAACUCCAACCUGAUCGUGUCUCCAGCCAGCGUCUCACUGUGUCUGGGCCUUCUGCAGUUAGGUGCAAGAGGGAACACUCUAGCACAGCUUGAUGGGACUCUGGGUUAUGAUGUAAACGAUGCUCGUGUGCAGGAUAUUCUGUCAUGGCCACAAGGUGACCUGGGUAAUUCCAGUAAGGGUGUGCGGCUCGAGCUUGCUAAUGCCUUAUAUGUCCAAAGUGGUGUGAAACUCCUGCCAGAGUUUACUCAGCAUGCCUUGGGAUGGGCUAACAAUAGCCUACUGAGUGUAAACUUCAUUAAUUCCAACAACACUCAGCUACAGCAAUGGGCACGCUACCAUAGUAAAGCUGAUGACCACCUUCAGGCUAAAGAGGAGCUACCACAGUCUGGUGAUCCACAAGAAGAGGCCUCCAGGCAGGAUAUAUUGCCACACAUGACUCUACUGAGUACAGUGGUUUUCCAUGGAGCCUGGCAGAAACAAUUCCUCUUCACAGAGACUCAAAACCUGCCCUUCACCCUCUCUGAUGGCAGCACAGUCAAAGUGCCAAUGAUGUACCAGUCAACUGAAGUCAACUAUGGACAGUUUCGCCUGCCUUCAGAUCAGCAAUACACUGUAUUGGAGCUACCAUACCUGGAUCGCUCACUCAGGCUGUUGGUGGCAUUACCUGGGGACAGAAAGACCCCUCUAUCACAGCUGGAAUCACAGCUCACAUCCCGUGCUGUGGGACUUUGGGAUACUGGAUUAAGACGAACCAAAAUGGAUAUCUUUUUGCCCAGGUUUAAAAUGCAGAGCAGGUUCAAUCUGAAGGCUGUUCUACAGUCUCUUGGUAUCUCCGACAUCUUCAGUCCUUCAGCAGCAGAUUUUAGAGGGAUCUCAGAUGGGGAAGGACUUUUUGUAUCAGAGGCUUUCCAUGAGGCAAAAAUAGAGGUGACAGAGGAAGGGACAAAAGCAGCUUCAGUCACAGCAAUGGUGCUAUUGAAAAGAUCUCGUGCAGCAGUUUUUAAAGCAGAUAGGCCAUUUCUCUUCAUCUUACGUCAAAUCAGCACAGGUUUAUUGCUGUUUAUAGGUCGAGUGUUGAAUCCAGCAGAACAGAUGUCUUGAGAAGACACAUGCAAUGACAUCUGCUUGAAAUAAUGAACACACACACACACAGGAGUCCUACAUUUAUAAACACUUUAAUCCAUGUGAUUUUGCCAACUCAGCACACCCCAACAUCCCUCAUGGGAAUACAGGGUGAGAGGAAUAUCUGGGGACCAUUAGGAGGGUCCACUGACACUUCAGGAAGAGGGACAAGACUUUUGUACAUAUCUGUAAAUAAAAUUUUAUUACA